AUGCGGAUAAAGAAGCGAAGCGAUGCUAAGGUCUGGCUACUGCUGCUCGUGUUGCUGCUGGUCCAAGAUGGCAGAUGUAUAAAAUGGCUCGGCCUUGGUCGUACCGGCGACACGCAUACGUGGACCAGGGAGGCGUGCACCAGCGCGAAGGGCGCGGGUCUGCUGGAGAGGAAGCAGGCGAGGGCAUGCAGGGCUGCACCGGACGUGAUGCCCGCUUUGGUGCAAGCCGCUAAGGAUACGUCGACGGUGUGCCAGCAGGCCUUUCGACAUCGCAGAUGGAAUUGUAGCAGCAUCGAGCGCGCACCCGACUAUACGCCCGAAUUGCUCACAGGAACGAGAGAGCAGGCCUUCGUCUACGCGAUGUCAGCCGCUGCCGCGGUCUGGCGGCUCGCGCGAGGGUGCGCCCUGGGGAGCCUGGCGGCCUGUUCGUGCGCGACUCCACCGCGAAGAGAGCCACCCUCGCCGUCCGCGCUUAUCUCGCCCUCAUCCUUCACCACCAUGCCCGUCUCCUUCGACACGCUGUCCGCGAGGAACUCCUUCAAGUGGGGCGGCUGCGGGGACGACGUGAGGUCCGCCUCGAGGAUGGCGAAGCGGUUCCUCCAGGGCGCAACGCCGCCCGGUACCGGCGGGACCGCCAAGUUCAUGCACGCGGUCAAUAUGCACAACAACAGGGCGGGUCGGAGGGCGGUCGAGCAGUCCCUGACUUUGGAAUGCAAGUGCCACGGGGUGUCGGGUUCCUGCAGCGUGCGUACCUGCUGGCGCGGUCUGGGUGCAUCGGGACCAUCCGCCGCCGGAAGCCGUUUGCUACGCAGAUACGCCACCGCGGCCGAAGUGAGGCCGAGAUCCGGUGGUAGACUACCGCCCCUGUAUCAUCACGAUAAUCUGCUCUACACCACCAAAAGUCCGGAUUACUGCCUACCGGAUAAGAAGAGGGGCAGCCUCGGCACGAUCGGCAGACAAUGCAACGGCAGCAGUUCCGGCUACGAGAGCUGCGAGUACCUCUGCUGCGGUCGCGGCCACGUGACCAGGACCGAGGAGGUCUACGAGAGAUGCGACUGCAAGUACAUCAGCUGCUGCUACGUGAGAUGCAAGACGUGCAGCCGGAUCGUGAAGACGUACGAGUGCAAUUAAGAGUAAUGUGGACUGGGAACAACUGGCGAACGGAGAAUCGGUGAUCCGAUUCCUCGAUCCGCGGUCGACGAAGAGAAAGGGGAAGAAAAUUCUUCGGAAACUUAAACGCUAAGCGCAAAAUUAAUUAAUUUCUGCGCAUGAUAUGCGCGCGCGCGAAAGUCGCGAAUCCCAAUCGGCCGACGAUAUAAUUGUUUAGGCGAUAAUUUACUUACCGUGAAUGUGUGUACACGACUCUCUCUCUCUCUCUCUCUCGCUCUCCCUCUUUCACGUGGCGGUACCGUAGUAGAAGAAGUGUUAUUUAUGCCGUGCUACUUGCUAUUUAUUCGAUGUGCUGUGCGUGUAUCGUGGCGGACGAUGGCGAAUAAACCGCGCCUGUCGUGAUCCUAUAGCUCUGCCACGCGGGUGACCUCUGACUCGCGAGGUUCAAAUGUAAAUCUCGCCGCCGCGUCGCCAUCGUCGUCAUCUCGUCGUCGUCGUCGUCGCGAUUCUACAAGAAAACGUAGAUCAGAGCAGUGUACAUAGAAUGCUCGAUAUUUCGAUGUAACCUAUACAUUUACAUUCUGCAAAUACACGUUGCUUGGAAA